AUGCUCCAGUUUGGGGAUAUUCUUCUUAUGAUUGAUCCCAUCAUCAACAAUGAGACUUCGAAAGCAAUACUUGACAUGCAAAAAUGUAAACAUCUGAGCAAGAUUAUCAAGGAAAGGCGAAGGCCCCCGUGGCCUACACCUCUGACCUCGGACCUGCCCCCGAAGGAAAUGGCGGAUACGCUGGUGGACAUCUACCUGCGAACGACAGAGACUAUUUAUCGGGUUUUCCACAUUCCAACGUUCAGACGUGACUAUGAAUCUGUCUGGUCGGUUGGAACAUCGCCUGAUACCACAUUCCUGGUUCAGUUGAAGCUCGUAUUAGCCAUUGGAGCAACAAUGUACGAUGACCACUUCACCUUGCGACUAUCUGCUAUUCGGUGGAUCCACGAGGCACAAACCUGGAUCUCAGAGCCGGAGUUCAAGUCCAGGUUGCAUAUUCAAUUUCUACAGACCCAGAUCCUACUCCUGCUUGCGCGUGAACUUGUGGGUGUCGAAGGAAGUUUUAUGUGGGUUUCUGCCGGGGAGCUCAUUCGAAACGCUAUGUAUAUGGGCCUCCAUCGAGACCCGGACCACUUACCUCAAGGGACAACAUUUGUGUCUGAGAUACGCAGAAGGAUAUGGAAUACUGUAUUGGAAGUUGCACUCUAUUCUAGUAUGGAGUCUGGUGGACCGCCUCUUCUCUCGCUGGAAGAUUUCAACACCCACCCACCGCAGAAUCUUGACGACGAGAAAAUAAUGCUCGAACAUACGAUGCCAAACACGGAGCAGUCAUUCACGGAUAUGUCGAUCGCGCUGGCUCUAAGAAAGAUGUUCCCAACUCGACUCGCGAUCGUGAAACGCCUGAACGGAAUCAGUGAUCACAGUGAAUAUGCAGAAACUCUCCGGCUGGAUGCAGAGAUGCGGGCAUCUUAUAAGGAUGCUUGUAAGCAUAUACAAGCUCGCGGUGGUGACGGUGCAGCCUUACCGUCACAAUUCCAGAUGAGGAUACUCGACUUUACCCUCCGUCGUUAUCUUGUCGCACUUCACUCACCUUACUUUCGCGCAUCGCAGCAUGAGACCGCCUACGCAUUCUCAAGAAAGGUUAUCGUCGAAAGCUCUUUAAAAAUGUGGAACUGCGUUUCCCAACGAGUUUCCCCGGAUACAAGCGUCCAAGAUCACGAUGAUUUCUGGCGAAUGGCACUCUGCGGCAACGGGAGCCUAGGUUCAUGCGCCGCACAAGUCUGCUUCAUGAUAGCUGCCGAUCUGAGAGCGCAGUUAGAAGAGGAGGAAGGUCUCGGCCCCGUGACCCUCAGGCAAGAUUUGCUAUCAGUUGUGACUGACUGCAAGUCCUGGUCUUUGGAAACCUUACGAGCAGGGGAGACUAAUUGCAAGGGGUUUAUGUUUCUUUCAAUGGUUUCAACUUUGUUAGAUGGGCUCAUGCGCGGGGUGCAAAAGGACCAGUUGAGCCAAAUGCUCGUGGCAAGCGCCGAGGCGGCGCUGGCAAGUUGCAUAGAGGUUUUUGAAACAGCGCUCAAUGAAGGAACCGACGAGAUUGGAAGUUCGCUGGAUGAUAUGACCGAUCUGACAUCCUUUUCGUCAGCGGACCUUUUAGGAGAUUGGGGAUUCCUGGGCCAGCAGAAUCAGUUCGACUUUGGGGUUACCGAGCCAAUGAAUUGGGUAUACACUGGAUAUUCCUAA